AUGAAGUUGUCGCAAUUUUUCCUCGCCACUCAGGUCGCCGCACAUUACGAGAAGAGAUAUGAAGCCUUCGUUCCUGCAGUAAGAGCACAGAGAGCAGAAACCUGUGAAUCAAAAGUAGAAGACACAAAGAACGAGUUUCCUAUCGACAAUGGAUACUGGAACUGUCCAAAGCUUGGACAGCAAGUUGCAAAUAUCUGGUGCUUCCCAAGGUGCAAUGACGGAUUUAUAAAGACUUGGAAAACUAAGCCAGGUAGAAUUGCUCCGAAAUUCGUCGCAAGAUGCCAAAAAUCACCGAAGAUUGUUAAAAAGAACUUACCAGCGGGAACUUCCCUCUCCUGCGCUCCUAGGCCACCACAUAUGUGUGAAGUCAAAGCAGACACAAUCACUAUUGAGGAUGGAGGCCUCGUAUUGAAGAAUAUCGUCAACCCCAGACGGGCGAUGUUUAACGUCGUCUGCGAGGAUGGAGAGAUUAAAGGAGCAGUUCUCUCGAAGAAAAAUCGUCGGGGAGUAGAAGCCGGCGACAACGCUUGGCCUUGGAUCGCCCACUUGAGUCUGCAAGACGAAGAAAAUGAUGCUUGGUGGUAUUCUUGCGGCGGUAGCGUGAUUGCCAACAGAUGGGUAAUGAGCGCUGCUCAUUGUUGCGAAGGUAUACAGACGAUUUACGCCCGAUUCGGAGAUCUGCAUCGAUCUGCAUGGGAUAGCAACGAGUAUGAGCUCCAAGCCACCGCCUGGUUUAAUCAUCCUGAGUACGGCUCCCGUGUCGCCGAUGGAAACUCACAAAACAACGAUGUUUGCCUCAUCAAGUUCAAUAAUGAUAUCAUCGCUUCUGAUCCAGACAAUCAAGUUCGACCUGCUUGUCUUCCAAAAGCUGAUAAGGAACAUGGUGCUGGCUGUUGGGUCGCAGGCUGGGGUACGACCAGCUCAGGGGGUUCCUCAAGUGCGACAUUGCUAUCAGUUGGAGUGAAUAUUCUCAGCGCAGAAUACUGCGUUGCGAAUUCUUACUUCUCUUCUCUUCAAGCAGAUGAUAUCUGCGCAUCCAAACCUGACAUUGAUGGCGAUGGAAAGACCGAUCCUGGCUCUGACGCUUGCCAGGGUGAUUCUGGCGGACCCCUCGUCUGCCCAGUCGACGGAAAAGCAACACUCAUGGGUGUCGUUUCUAGAGGACAAGGCUGUGCCUGGGAAGGAUGGCCCGGGCUUUAUACUUCGGCUUUCACAACUGAUAGUUGGGUUCGCCAGACCGUCGCUGCUCACGGACUUUAA